UGGGGCGCAGCACCUGCCUCCUGUGAGCUUGAACUCUCCUAAUGCCUCUAAGGUAGGGAGAGCAGUACUCUUCAUUCUACAGACCAGGAAGCUGAGGCACAGAGAUGUUGAGUGACUUGCCCAAGGCCACACAGCUGGCAGGGGCGUGCAUUAUUAAAGCCUGCACACAUUUUACUCCAGUGAUGGAAAGAGUGUGAAAAGAGAGUGCCCGAGUUCAAACACAUGCACAGAGUGGGUUGGUCUUUUGGCAGCUAAUGAGGGGGUGGAGGGGAGUGCCCCAACUUCUCCUCUGCUCUUCCUGUUGUGUCAGCCCCAGCCCAUGCGCUGGGAAGUGCCAGCCGCUCAGAAGAGUCAGCAGAGAGCCGCUGGCUCAGGUCAUGCUGACAUCACUGGGGACAGUCUACCUGCUACCUGAGUCCUUGCUCUGUGCCACGUGCUUCACACAUAGUCACUCCUCAAGGCCUCCCCAAACCGGUGAGGUGCCUGGGGCCUAGAUGGAGAACGCUUCUCUCCGCUACCAAUAUGGGGACUACAGCGAGAUUCCGGAUCUGCCCGUGGACUGUGCUGAUGGCACCUGCGUCUCCGUCGACCCCCUCCGCACGGCCCCGCUCCUGCUGUAUGCUGCCAUCUUUCUGGUGGGGGUGCCAGGCAAUGUCACGGUGGCCUGGGUGACGAGGAAAGAGGCCCGCCAGCGGGUGGGUGCCGUUUGGUUCCUCCACCUGGCCGUGGCGGACCUGCUGUGCUGUUUGUCUCUCCCCGUUCUGGCAGUGCCCAUCGCCCACGGGGGCCACUGGCCCUAUGGGGCCGUGGGCUGUCGGGCGCUGCCCUCUGUCAUCCUGCUGUCCAUGUACGCCAGCGUCCUCCUUUUGGCCGCCCUCAGCGCUGACCUCUGCCUGCUGGCCCUCAGGCCCGCCCAGUGGCCUGCAGCUGGGCGUGCAUGCCGGGUGCAGGGGGCCUGUGGGGCAGCCUGGACACUGGCCCUGCUGCUCACUGUGCCCUCGGCCGUCUACCGCCGGCUGCACCAGGAGCAUUUCCCACAACGGCUGGAGUGUGUGGUGGACUACGGUGGCUCGGCCAUAGCUGAAAACACAGUGUCUGCCACCCGGUUUAUUUUUGGCUUCCUAGGGCCGCUGGUGGUCGUGGCCAGCUGCUACAGUGCCCUCCUUUGCCGCGCGGCCCGAGGCCGCUGGCCACUGGGCACAGCCGUUGUGGUGGGGUUUUUUGUCUGCUGGGCCCCCUACCACACACUGGGGCUGGUACUUACCAUAGCCGCACCACACUCCAUGCUCUUGGCCAGGGCCCUGAAGGCUGAACCCCUGGUCGUGGGCCUUGCCCUUGCUCACAGCUGCCUCAAUCCCAUGCUCUUCCUGUAUUUUGGGAGGACUCGGCUCCGCCAGUCCCUGCCAGCUGCAUGUCGCUGGGCCCUGAAGGGGUCACAGAGCAAGGAUGAGAGUGUGGUCAGCAAGAAAUCCACCAGCCAUGACCUGGUCUCGGAGAUGGAGGUGUAAGCUAGAGGGAAACUGGUUUGUAUCUUCCUAUCCCAUUUCACAAACAUGGCUUCAGGCAUAGCUGGAUCCAGCCAUUCAGUGAUAUCAUCAUUUAUUCCUUUAUUCAUUCAACAAACAUUCAUUAUGCACCUGCUGUGGGCAAGUGCACUGGGGAUGUAGCAGUGGCCAAAAGAGACAUAAAUCCUUUCCCUGAGGCAGCUGAAAGUCUAAUGGAGGAAGACACAAUAAGCAAAGAAAUAAAGAAAUAUGAAAUAUGUUAAGUAGUGAUAAGUGCUAAGCAAUUUAAAGGGGACAAAGAGGGCUGAGUGGGGCAGAGAUAUAGGUCGGCCAGCAAGGUCCCUUUGGUAAGGUGAUAUAUGAGCAAAGACCUGAAGGAGGGGGGAGUCAUGCACACUUAAAUCUGGAAUAAAAGCAUUCCAGGCAGAGGCAACAUUCCAAGGUGGGUCAUGCCUGGUAUAUUCCAGGAACAGUAAGAGCCCAGUGUGGAUAGAGCAGAACAAGCAAGAGGGAGAGUGGUAGGAGAUGAAGCGAAAUGGGUCAUGGGUGGCCAACUUUGAAAGACUCCUAGGCCAUAGCAAGUGUUUGGAGAUCCCUGGGAUGGUUCUGAGCUACCGUUACCAGAUAAAAUAUAAUUCCCCAAUAAAAUCUGAGUUUAAGAUAAACAAGAAAAUUUUUUUAGCAUGAAUAUGUCCCAUGCAAUACUUGAGACAUACUUAUACUAAAAAAUAUUCGUUGUUUAUUUGAAAUUCACACAUUAUUGAGCAUUCUGUAAUUUUUUUUUUCUAAAUCAGGCAACCCUAUUCUGAGUAGAUAAGUGUUUUGAUUUGACUUAGAUUUUGCUAGGAACCCUCAAGUUGCUAGUGGAGACUAUGAGGGAUGGGAAGGGAAGUGAAGAGGCUACUGCAAUAGUCUAAGCAUGAAGUGAUGAUGACUUGGAUCAGGAGAACAGCAGCAGAGGUGGUGAGAGGGUGACAGAUUAUGGAUCUUUCUGGAAAGAAAGGCCAUGUCCAAGAUCCUUAGGUUGGUAUUUGAAGUUUCUCUUUACUACUGGACACACUUAUAUUCUAGCUGCUCAGAGCCUGUAACAGACCAAUAUAAUGGCCCCUAAUAGGGUCUGCAUCCUAAUCUCCCAAACCUGUGAAUAUGUGAACUUACAUGACAAAAGGGACUUUGCAGAUGUGAUUAAGUUAAGGAUCUUGAGGUGGGCAGAGUAUCCUAGAUUGUAAGGGUGGAUUCAGUGAAAUCAAAAAGGGUCCUUAUAAGAGGCCACUGGAGGUCAGAGUCAGUAGCAGAUGUGACAGUGGAAGCAAAUGCCAAGUGGCGUGAGGAAAGGGCCAUGAGUGAAGGGAUGCAGGCAGCCUCGAGAAGCUGAGAAAGGCCAGGAAAUGGACGCUCUCCAAAGCCCCAGAAGGGGGUUUGCUGACACCUUGAUUUUAGAUUUCUAACCUCCAAAUCUUUAGUAGAAUACAUUUGUACUGUUUCAAGUCUCUAAGUUUGUGGUAACUUGUUACAGCAACUGCAGGCAGCCCUUCUGGGCUGUAUUGUUAUCAUGCUUCUGGGCCUUUUCUCAACCUGGUACUACUGCCUGGAAGCCCUUCAGAUCUGUGCUACCCAAUCUGGUAAUCACCAGCUGUUUGUGGCUAUUUAACUUCAAAUGAACUCAAAUUGAAAAUUCAAUUCCUUAGUCAUACUAGCCUCAGGUCAAGGCUCAGUAGCCACAUGUGGCUGGUGGCUACCAUACUGAGCAGUGCAGAUAUAACACAUUUCUAUCAUUGCAGAAAGUUCUAUUUAGACAAGGCUGCUUGAGAUCCUCACCUGCUCGAAGCUCUUAAAUCUUACAGUAGUGGCACCAGCGUGUAGAGCUGUUACUCCACAACAGGACUUCAUAGUUUCUCCUUUAAGGUAAUUUUUCCAAAAAGCCAGAGAGGUAGGGGCAGAGGCUUCAUUUUAUAAGCUGAGGCCCAGAAAGGGGAGGUCAUUUGUCCAAGAUCACAUGGCAAGGAAAUUAUAGAGCUGAGGUUUGAUCCCACAUUUACUUGACUCCAGUGCUCAUGCUCUGAAUCACAGAAAUAUUCCUUCAACGUCUUGUUCAAAUGACACUUCCUCCACGAAGCCCUCUCUGAUUCAUUCUCCUCUCCAGGAGGAAACAGUGUCCUUCUCCUUCAAGCUUUUGGAAUGCAAGUUCCCAGCUAAACUGUACGUUCCCCAAGGGCAACAUACCGGACAUUUUCAUUUCUGUCUCUCCCCCACACACCUCAAGCCUUUGAAAGAACCAAAUUAUCUUUAUUUGUCUAUACCCUGUUUUCUUCCAACUAGUCUGUGAGCUCCCCAAUGGUAGGGAUCUCUUUUUUCUUUAUAUGAUACAGGGACACACAGUAGGUCCUCAACAAUAUAUAUUUUUUAUUCCUUAGUAUUUGAUUUAGAAUUUUCAUGCGUGAAUUAUUAAGACCAAGACUGCCUUGUAGAAUGAAUUAUGCCCUGGGACAAUUUAUACAGCUUCAUGAGAUAUUGGGGGGAAAUCCUGUUGUUAAUCCAUUGGGUCCAGGUGCCACUGAGAAGACUUCUUCUUUGAUACAUUUUAUAAAAAACUUCUGUGGUUUUUUUUGAAAUUUCUUUUCUUUUUUAAAAAUUUUAUUGCAUCAGCCUUACUUUUUGUUAAGAAGAGUCAAUUACUUGAAAGCUUUCAAAUGUAUUUUGUGCAAUUUUACAUAGAAGUCCCUUGGUCAUUAAAACUAAUCUUGCUUUU